AUGCAGGAACAGAACUCGAUGUCAACAUGUAUAAACGAGUUUAACCUCCACUCUUUCGACCCCUUUGCUGAUACAAGUAAGGGUGAUGACCUGCUCCCCACUGGCACUGAGGAUUAUAUCCAUAUAAGAAUCCAACAAAGAAACGGCAGGGAGACCCUUAUCACUGUCCAGGGGAUCGCUGAUGAUUAUGAUAAAAAGAAACUGGUGAAAGCGUUUAAGAAGAAAUUUCCCUGCAAUGGGGCAGUCAUUGAGCAUCCAGAAUAUGGAGAAGUGAUUCAGCCCCAGGGCGACCAGCACAAGAACAUCUGCCAGUUCCUGGUGGAGACUGGACUGGCUAAAGACGACCAGCUGAAAGUUCGUGGGUUUUAAGUGCUUGUGGCUCACAGAAGCUUGUGUGAGGAUUUCCUUGCAAUGAGCAGACUUGCCCUUUUGUCCCUUGUCACAAGUUUAAAAAACCUCACAGUUUGUAUAAUGUAACCAUUUGGGGUCCACUUUUAAUUUGGACUAGUGUAACUCCUUCAUGCAAUAAACUGAAAAGAGCUAUGC